AUGAACCGAUGUCACAUCGUGGUCUUUUCGGGCGGCAGCGCAGCGAACAAUCUCGUCGAUGUGUUUGGAAAGGUGGCACAGGAUAAGGAAUGUUCAUUGAGCUAUGUGAUUCCUAUCAGUGAUAAUGGAGGAUCUUCGAGUGAGCUUAUUCGGGUCUUCGGUGGUCCAGGCAUUGGCGAUGUGAGAAGUCGACUCGUGCGGCUCAUCCCUGAAGACCCCACCGGCAAAGACCUCGAAAAGAGUGCCAUAAAGGCGCUCUUCAACCACCGUCUAAGUUCGUCCCCGUCUCAGGCCCGCGUCGAAUGGUUAGACAUCGUCGAAGCCCGCCAUGCGCUGUGGCAGGAUAUCAGCUCCUCCAAACGCGAGCUAAUCCGAAGUUUCUUCAACACCAUCAAUCUUGAGAUUGUCAAGCGCGCCCGUCCUUCUUCGGUCUUCAAUUUUCAGUCUGCUAGCGUUGGGAACCUAUUCUUGACCGGAGCCAGGCUGUUCACGGGCAGUUUCGAAUCGAGUAUCUACCUGCUGAGUGCCAUAACGGGCGUCCCAGCGAAUGUAAACGUGAUACCGGCAAUCAACUCAAAUUUCUCACAUCAUAUCUCCGCCGGCCUUCUCGAUGGGACUGUGAUAGCCGGCCAAAAUGCCAUUUCUCAUCCUUCUGCCCCAUCAGCUCCCGCCCUUGUCCCCAAUUCCGGGCUAUUAGGCAAGGCUUCUGAAAUUACACCCGAAAGUCCAACAAGUCAAGAGCGUAAAGAGAUCUCCCUCCACGACCUCGUCGAGGAUGCAAACCUCCCGGGCUCGCUCCCCACGCUCCGCAAGCAGUACAUCAACUACGCCAAAACGCACACCGCGGACCUGCCCUCGCGCAUUUCCCGCAUCUGGUACAUCAACCCUUACGGGCAAGAGAUCCGGCCCGCCGCCAACCCGGCCGUCAUCUCCUCCCUGAGCGAUGCCUCGUGCAUCAUCUACUCCAUCGGCUCGCUCUACACAUCGAUCAUCCCGUGCCUGAUCCUGCGGGACGUGGGAGCGGCGAUCGCGGCGCGCAGCGUGCGGUUCAAGAUCCUGAUCCUUAAUGGGUCGCUGGACCGCGAGACCCGGAGCGCGUCUAUGGAGUUCGGGGCCAGGGAUUUCGUGCAGGCGAUUAAGGACGCGUGUGAUAGUUCGCGGGGUACGGUGGGAGAGUAUAGAGACUAUGUGACGCAUGUUAUUCAUCUGCAUGGAGAGGGCACGCCGAGGGUGGAAAGGGAAGAGUUGGCGGGGUGGGGCGUCGAGUGUGUGAGGAUUUAUGGGAGGAAAAUUAAUGGUGUGGAUGGGGAGGGAGGUAUGGUUUACGAUGGCAUAGCGUUGGUGCAGGCGCUGGAAGCUAUCUUGGGGAAGAGGGAUCUAAGGGGUGAUAAGUCGAGAAGGAAUACCUUAGAAGCCAACGUUUAUAGCCCAAGAAAGCUUGGUCCUUGA